AAAACUGAGGCUUGUGAUUACUUUACCUCUCUCUGCCUCUUCUUAGAAUGUUCUAACUUCAUUUCUACCAAGGUUUAAAAUUUAAAGACCGACUUGGGUACUUCGUACGGUUAGGUUAGUUGGUUAGUUAAGUUAGCCUAGUCCUUCAAGAUUAGGUACAAUUAGGUACAAUUUACCUCUUCGCCUUACCAUUUCCACAUUACAUCUCCGACAAGACGUGCACCUAAUAAGAUAUUCUUCCAACUUUCGCGACGUCUCUUUUUUCGACCUUCUCGACCUUUUCGACCUUUUCAAUCUUCUCAAUAUUUGUCAACCUUUCGACCUUUUUGACUUUCGCCGCUUCCUCGUUCGUGUUUUCAUUCUUCAAUCGGCAUUAUUCAAAUUCGAUCGCGACAACCACCCGAUCAAUCGAUCAAUUGAUAAACCAUACCCUGUCUGCACUAUAACGUUCUAGGCGGCGCAUCACAUCACCAAUUCGAGUUGCCCCUUUCUUAUUUGCUUCUCACGCGCCAACGCCUUUCUUUUAUCUGUACCACACUUAAAAAGCCCUGCGACAAAAUCAAGAUGCCGUCACUCUGCGGAUUAGGAGGAUCAAAGACAGUCCAGCGUAAGCUGGUUCUCUUGGGAGACGGUGCUUGUGGAAAGACAUCUUUAUUGAACGUCUUCACGCGAGGAUAUUUCCCGACGGUUUAUGAGCCUACGGUCUUCGAAAACUACGUUCACGACAUUUUUGUAGACAACGUACACAUCGAAUUAUCGUUAUGGGAUACCGCCGGCCAAGAAGAAUUCGACCGAUUACGAAGUCUCUCCUACGACAACACCGACGUAGUUGUGCUCUGUUUCAGUGUCGACAGCAAGGACUCGCUAGAAAACGUGGAGAGUAAGUGGGUGGGGGAAAUCCAGGAGAAUUGUCCCGGUGUCAAGUUAGUCCUGGUGGCUCUCAAGUGCGAUCUCCGAGAGAAUGCCGAGGAGGAUGACGAUGCGGCUGCGAACGGUACCGACGGCCCCCAACGAGAAAAGAAGCCAGUGAUCGACUAUAACCAAGGCUUAGACGUCGCGCGGCGUAUUAAGGCUAUGCGCUACCUCGAGUGCUCCGCUAUGAGGAAUAGGGGUGUCAACGAGGCCUUCACCGAAGCUGCUCGAGUAGCCCUAAGCGUUAAACCGAGCGGCGAGGGCGAUUCGAAAUGCGUUGUCAUGUAAAAAAAGAAUCGCCCAACAACCUGCCACCCCGACUCGAUACGAAUUUCCUUCUACAGGCCCUGGACAAGCGCAGGAGUUUUUUUUGGGGAUUGGAGAAUAUCCCUAUUUUCUAUAUUAUUUGGAUGUGCUAAAUAAAGCACACACACUUACACUCACCAACGAACCUGUGCCCGGGCACAACUAGUUACUACUACUUUACUACCUUAUCCUUGGUGCAGUUCACCUUUUUGUACUAUCUGACACUUUUACUUUUCCCCUGUACAUAUACUUACUCGUUAAGCCUCUCUGCGCACAUAUAUGGGACUUGGACUUUAUUUUAUCUGUUUUGUAAUCGUCGAGGGACGGCAUUACUGCUGCUAAAGGACGGGCGGCAACUCAAACGAGUGGUUCUUUUGUUAUUAUGGCUAGAUGAGUAAAAAAGUAUGGAAAUUUUCCGCUGAGAUACAAAACUAUCGAUACCCUGUCAGGUC